ACUACAGUUACCGUUAGACAGCGCAGGAAAAGUGGAAAAACGUGCAGCAGCCGUUGCAGCAACACGCGCUCGGCCUCAGUUAAAAAUCAGUUGUGCGGCAGCUUUCGAGCGUUACGGUUAUGCGAAGCGCGAAAAACGGUGGAAAACUCUCCCUCAGUCGUAGUCAAUAGUAGUGUUUGCAGUGCAUACGCGACGCGUCUUCAAGCGUUCAAAGUUGGAAGGUGCGUGCUUGCUGUUGUCAACAUAGCGGCAGCAAGUCGGUUGUGUGGUUAGUGGCACAAGUGGAAGUGCGUUUAUACGAGUACAAGUGUCUAUGAGUGAGUUGGCAAGUUUGAGGCGGCAGCGUGGUUCAUCAUACGUGACGUUGCGUCGCAGAGAAUUUUGAAUGCAUGGCAGCAAACCGUUGCUAUUUAUAAUAACAAUAAUUUCCGAAGAAAGCUUUGAUGCAAAAAGUGGAAAGGCGGUUCUGCGAAUCGAACAGGAGAAAGCAAUUUCAAAGAAAUAUCGCCAAAAUGCUUUAACUCGCAAUAAAAACGCACAAAAAACGAAAACAACAACAACAAGAUCGAUUGAAUACGAGCAAUUGGAAAGUGCAAUAAAAUAGAUGAAUGUAAAAUAUUGACGCAAAAAUAACAAUAACAACGAACGAACACGCAAAGUGCGCGAUAACAAAAACAAAAAACAAGAGAAAAGAAAGCAAAAUAUAAAAAUAUAAAUAAAUAAAUAACAACAAAGUAAAGGCAACAACAACACACAGCACAGAACACAGCAUAGCAAGCGAGCAGCGCCAUAAACGAAGAAGGUGGUGCGUCAGUUGGUGUGGAGGCGGUGUAGGAGGAGGAGGAGGGCAGUGCAAAAUGACAAGAAUUGCAAGAAAAAUGGCGACCGCAACAAAAUUCGCCAUCGCGGUUGGCAACAUUCUCACAAUAUUUAUGGCAAUGACAAUGUGUUGUUGCCAAGUGGACGGGCAUCCGCAGCCACGGCCACAGCCGCACCUACAACACCAAACUGAAGUGCAACAGCAACAACAACAGCAGCAGCAACAUGUGCUGGCAACGUCGCCACAGGCGACAACGCAUAAAUACCAGCAAUUGCAAUAUCAAUUGCAACAACAACAAAAACAACAAUAUGAAUAUCAGCAACAGCUGCAGCAGCAAUUGCAAAAACAGCAGCAACAACAACAGCAACAGCAGGAAAAAUUGCUCUAUCAACAGCAACAGCAGCAGCUUAAGUAUCAGCAGCAACAGCAAAAACAAAACGAACAAAAGCCGGAUAAGGCCAGCUAUGUGGCGGAGUCAGAGCAGCAGCAGCAACAACAGCAACGUGCAGCACCCACACAGAUUAUACGCACAGGCGCUUCGUUGGUUGUCGGCGAAGAGACACAGUCAAAUGAGCCAACCAACUAUCCAUACUUCAGCGACACCUCUGGCAACAUACCGGCAACAUCACGGCGUCGACAAGCAUCCAGCACCAGUCGCGCACGAACUCGACGUCCAACGAGCGGUAACGAUGACGGCACCCAACAGCAAUAUUGGCGUGGUAGAGUUGACAACGAUAACACAGCCGACAACAGUGCCAGUCAAACACGUGAAGACGCGCGCGGUAACAGUCGCAAACGCAAACAACCGGCCAUACGCGAACCACACGCCGCGCUCGAGAAAGAGCAGCAGUUGUACGAGUUGCGUGACAAACAGCGGCAAGAGAGCACACCAAAUUUCAGCGCGCGCGAUAAAUCAUAUCGCCGGCCUUACUCGCAGGCUAAAAAGGAGGCUGAAGCGCCUGUAGGCGACAGCGCAUCUGCGGCAAAUGCCAAAACGACUGUGGAUCUGAAGCAUAUACUCAAAAAUGCGGGCGGUUUGAGUUUGAGCGAGAUAUUGCAGCAGAAGAACUUGUCACUGGACGAUCUCCUGAAGGGGAAACAGAAUGCGUUGGAAGUGCUACAGAGCACAGCAGCGGUGCCAAGCAAAGUGUUGGAUAAUAAGGCGGUUAAACCGAUGCGUCGGCUGCCAUAUCUGAGCAGCGUAAGCGAUGCGCCUGUCGGUACAACACAGCAAACGCACACCGAUGAUGAGGAAUUGGAUGCCGAACUUCGUGCAACACCAGACGAAACAUCAGUUGAGAGCAUCGACGCGCAACAACGCGGCAGAGUGAAAUUAGCGACGUUACAGCGUCUAAAAUAUUUCGGCAGUUCAACGCGCGCCGCUACUAGUGGAACAACAAGACGUUUGAGCUUGCCAACGAGCCCCACAACCUCGGCAAGCACGGCGACGAUGCCAACUACGACUACAACACGCCUACCGCUCUACAAGAAGAACUUAAUGAUGCGCUCUACGCUAAAGCCGCCAUUCAUGUUAAAGAAUGUUAUGCCUUCGGCGCCCGCUAGCGCUGAGUCUACGGAAAAUGAUAAGCCCAACUUUGAGGAAAAGUUAACCACAACUAUAAUCAAUAACAGAUAUAGAGAGCCGUCGUUAGGGGACAAUGUAGACGAGCAGGUGUUCGUAACGAAAGCCAAAAAUGCAGUUAAGGCCGACGCUGCUGUGGAGUCAUUAGAAAGUGAGGAACAGCAGGAGGAAGAGUAUCUGCGCGAUGAGGAAGAGAGUAAUGUGGCAGCCACAAGUAAGACCAACGACUUUGAAGAACCCUCUACAACACGCGCUGACACAACAACUAAAACGACAACAUCUCCCGCGGCUAGCACAACAGCUUCUACAAGCGCCACAACAAGGCUUCUGACAAGCACGUCCAACAAUCUUACAAAGUCCACAACACGCGUGAGCUCAACCAACGCAAACUCGAAGCCCGCAACACGCGCGCAACCCAACUACAAAACGAACUCUAUAGAGUCCGACGAGACGCGUGCGCCUGCAACACACAGAGACGUCGAUAGCGAUGGACUUGAGAACUUUAUUGGCGCGCAAACCACGAUUAGUAAACAGCGCGAGCAGGCCAACACGGCAGCCAAAGAACACAUAACGCCACGUAUCGAUCACGUGAAGCCAGCUAUGGCUGGUGAAACAUUCUCAUAUCAGGACUCCGUGCCCGAUUUCGACGGCGUUGACGAUCGCACCGAUCUGCUGGAGUUAAUCGAAGAUCGGCGCUCCGGUAAUCGGCUCUUCAAGGUGCUGGAACAGCGCAACAUGACGCUCGAGGAGCUGAUUGAGCACCGCAAACGCGGCUCGAGCCAACUGCAUUUGGCGACGGUUGUGCAAAAUCGUUCGCGAUUUUUUCCCGGUCAGAAGGUCGUACUACACGACAAUAUGGAUAUUGUUACAGCAUUUGAGAAUUUUCCACAUUUCAAUCUGAUGGAUCUGAAGAGCGUCAAACCGGACGAUAUAAAGACGGACUCGCAAGGCGCCAGCUACUUCACGUCCAUCAUUGACAUCGAGCCGACGGACGAGAUCUACAAAGACGACGCGGCUGCCGGCAAAGGUGCGGCCAACUACCAACAGACGCAACGCAACGAAAAAUCCGUUGGUUUCUUCCCCUCUUGGAAAACUUUGGCGCUCGCUUCACUGGCGAGCAGCACACGCAGCGACGCGUCCACCAAACGCAAUCCCUUCUUUCUGCAGCCACCGCAAAUGCUGCUCGAGAGCAACUCCGGCGAACUGGAUGAGAGCGAUUUCGCAAUGGACAACGAAACAAAUACGAGCAUAAAUGCUGAGACGCCGCAGCAACAGGAACUUACCGCGACGCUGCUGCAAAGCGACACCGCCGAGGUCAUCGAGAAUGAAGUGGCGCGCGCGCAUGACUUGCUGGAUCUGGAGCUGUCCGGACAUGGUUUCAAGCGCAGUCCUGCCACCGCCGCUGUAUCCACGGCGGCCAACCAAAACAACAGCUACAGCAAUAUGCCCGCAGGCAUACGCUCUGCCAUUGUAGCGAGCGCGGCCAUUGUGCUCACAUCGCUCGCCACAUUCAUGGUCAUAUUCGUGGUGUGUCGCUGGAAGCAGCGGCGUCAACGCAAAACCAGCUACACCAAGACAUACAACGCUAUGAAGAGCAAAUUACCGACCAUCACGAACUCGUCGCGUCACUCUUCCAUGCGCAACAUGGAAGAGCUGGUUGGCGGCGUCUCAACGGUGUCCGUGUCGCCGGUGCAUCAGUUGCAGCGUCAAAGUUCAUUGCUCUUUCCACGCCACUCGGGCAGCGGCAGCAUAGAUGUGGAGGAGUACAGUGGCGCCGGCGGCGGUGGUGGCAGACAUAGCAAGGUUAUGCGCGGCGCGACGCGCGCAAGUUUAGGCAACAGUGGCGGUUUGGGCAGCGCUACCGGCUCGACAACAUCGCUGGCGCUAUCGUUGCAAAGCGUGCACAAUAGUUCGACAAACAAACUGAAUACGAUGGAUCCGAACUCGCCGGAGGUGCAAGAGUAUCUGUUCGAUGCGCUGCGGAAAUCUUACUAAAUUAACGCAGUGUUGUAGUUUUUAAGUUGAUUUUUGUUUGAGGGAAUUUUGCAAUUUUCAAUAUUUGUAAGUUUGAAAUUAUUAAAAAUAAAUAAGAAAAAUUUAAAUUGGAGUAUAAAAAAACGUGAAACGUAACCGUGUUGCCAAAACAUAAAAAAUACAAGCAAAUAGACUUAAAGCAGUGAAGCGCAAAUGGAAAGAAAGACGGGAAUUGUAAAUUAAAACACUUUUAUAUAACAGAAAAUCAUUAAACCUAAGCAGCAAACCAACUUUUAUGCGUAGUGCGUAGAAAAAUACAAAUUUCUUUGGUAGUAUGAUAUAUAUAAAAAAAAUAUAAAAUUUUUAUGCAGAAAAUUAAAAAAAAAAUGUAUGCAAGAAAUUAUAAAAAAAAAUACUUUUUAAGCAAAAAAGUAUAAAAAAAAAAAUAAUUUUUAAGCUGAAAAUUAUAAAAAAAAAAAUAUUUAAACAAAAACUAAAAAAAAAAACAAUUUUCAUAAAUUUACAAAUUAAGAAUAGCGCAAUUUUUACCCCAGUUAGCGCGUAAGAGUUCGAAAUUGUUUUAAGCAAAGUUACAACAAAAAGCGGGUUUUCAGACAACACAACGGUAAUGUAAACAAUUUUAAAAUGGCGUGAAAAAAUAUUGAAAAUUUUUAAAUAAAUAAUUAAUUAAUGAUUACUUAUUAUAGUAUUAUAAAAAUUAUAUUUAGCAUAACCAAAACAUAAGUAUAAAACAAAUAAUGUUUUAAAUGACAAUAAUCUAUAAAAAAAAAAAAUUUUAGAAAAACGAAUUGUCGACAAAAAGAAACGCCAAGGCAAGAUUUAAUGCACAACCCAAAAUUAGAGUUUACAGACUUGAAAACGUUUUGAAAACAAAAAAUAUAACAACAAAAAUUUACUUAGAAAAAUAAAUAUUAGUAUUUAGUAGUUAAAAUUACUUAUUUAGUAUUUUUUUUACUUUUAAAUUAAUUUGUGUUUAUAAAAAACUCUAAACAUCAUAUACUACAUAUAUUACACUAUUGUAGUUUUAAAGUAAAAAGUUUUUAAAACGCAACAAUACGUUUAGUUAAAAACUUGAAAAUCUAUACAUAAGCGGUUUUACAAAAUGUGUA